AUGUUCCCUGAGUUUCUGAAUGGUAUUUUGUCAAAGAUGUAUGGUUGGUUAAUUUCUCCCCUAUUCCUUUUCCCUGCAGGACAAUAUUUUCAUGAUGUAGUUGGGAGUCCGUAUUAUGUUGCACCAGAGGUUUUGCUUAAGCAUUAUGGACCUCAAGCAGAUGUCUGGAGUGCAGGUGUUAUCCUUUACAUCUUAUUAAGUGGGGUUCCACCUUUUUGGGCAGGUAGGGAUCCUAAUUCAUAUUGUGUCUUGUUCUCUGCAGUUUUAGAGUUGCAACAAAAAACUGAAUCAGGAAUCUUUAGACAGAUCUUACAAGGAAAACUAGAUUUAGAAUCUGAUCCGUGGCCAAAUAUCUCAGAUAGUGCAAAAGAUUUGAUCCGAAAGAUGCUUGAGAGGGACCCGAGGCAAACGAUUACUGCUCAUGAAGCCUUGUGUAACCCAUGGAUUGUAGAUGACAGAGUUGCUCCAGACAAACCUCUUGAUUCUGCAGUAUUGUCACGUCUGAAGCAAUUCUCAGCAAUGAAUAAACUUAAAAAGAUGGCUCUGCGUGUCAUAGGAGAAAGACUUUCUGAAGAAGAAAUUGGUGGUUGA